GGUCUGUUCUACAACAGCUGGUCCAGAGACUGGCCUCCCAGCACUGGUGCUCUGUACCAGUCCUGUUCCUGUCCCAGGCCCUGUCCUUCCUGCCCCCCGGCCCCCUCCUGAGCCCCCAGACCCUGCAGGCCCUGAGGGAGGUGCUGCGCUGCACCAUGGUAACGCACCAGGUCCUGCUCAGAGGGGCUGCCCAGUGCUUCCUGCUCAACAGCGUCCUCUGCCUGACUGAUGUGAGUUCAGUCACCCUGGAUGAUGUGUUCAAUUUGCUGGUGCACUUCCCUGCCAACGAGUCUCUAUGCCGAGGUACUGGCCUGUGGAACCAGGUGUGUGUGUGGCUGGUAGACAGCGAGGGCAGCUUCCGAGCCUGUGGUUCCAGCUCCAGGGUGGAGGCAGGGGAAGGAGCUGGUCCUGCUGCUCCAGAGAGAGACUCCGUUCUGGGCUACGUCCAGAGGCAGAUAGAGGCCUAUCUCCAGGUCCCAGCCUCCACAGACCAGACUGACUGCCUGCCAGACCCAGGUGAGGCAAACAUGCUGGCCACGGCCAUCCUGCUGUGGGUCGACAUGGAGGACAGGAGGGAGGGAGGGAGGACUGGAGAAAAGCUCCAAGCUCUCCUGCUUCCCCUGGUGGCCAUGCUGGGGAGACUCAGCACCAACGUUUACCUGCCUCUCAGAAAGACGGACAAGAGCCUGCAGCUGCUGCUCCGCCUCCUCCAGCUCAGACAUGCCCCCGGUCGCCCGGCAACAGAGGAGAGGCAGGCAGACCACGUGGCCGUUGCCAUGGAUGCGCUGCUCGUGGGCGUGGUGGAGUCCAUCCAGGAGUUUAUCCUCCGGAGACUAAGUGAAGAGCUGCAGGAGCUGUGUGACAUGCAGAGAGCAGAGCUGUACUUGGUGCUGCUGAGGGAGCUGCUGCUGGCCUCCAGACUCUCCCGCCUGGCCUCCGCCUGCCUCCCCCGCCUGGCCUCCGCCUGCCUCCCCAGCCUGCUCUGCCCUGCCUCGCACAUCCCAACUGUAGCCGGCCAGGUGACCAAAGCUGUUGCCAUGGCAUCGCUGGCUAUGCUUUGUGACCUUGCCAACCAGGAAGUCAUCAACAGCCAAUCAGAGACCGUGUCUGUACUGUUGUCACUCAAGGGCUUCUUCCACCCCCCUGCCUCCCCCUCUGUCCCCCUCGGCCUCUUCAACCAGACCCUGCUGAAGCCCCCAGCGGCAGGCUGCUCUGCCCGCGCUCCAGGGCUGGGUGUCUCCCUGCAGGACUGGGGCCGCAUGGCAGCUCACUUCACCCGGGACCAGUGGGUCUGCCUGGGCUUCCUGAGGAGGGCGUGCCCCCCCCUGGCCCCCCCAGGAGCCCCCGUGGCCCUGCAGGCUGCUGUGGAGGCGCUGGCCCUGCUGCCCAGCCACCUGGUGCUGCCCGUACUGGCCUUCAUGGAGGCAGAGCUGCCCCAGGUGGCGCUGUGUGGGGAGGAGGUGUGUGCCGAGGCGGUGCGGCGGUCCUGGGCGCUGGUCCAGGCCCUGAGCAGCAACCCGCAGGACUUCUGGCCCACCCUCCAGGCCUUCACCCGCAUGGCCUUCAGCCCCCCGCUGCUGGGCCUCUCACACACACAGGCCCCGCUGCUCACACACACUCUCAGAGAGAUCUCUGCUGAGCUCAUAGAGCUGUCUCAGAUCAAGACGGGGGUGUUCAACGUUCUGAUCCAGCACUGCUGCCACACCUGGACCAACUCUGAUACAGGAAGUACCUCCCAGCCCAGCCCGGACACAGGAAGUUCCCUGCUGCAGUUGGACAUCUUGACAGAGGCUUGUGUCUACGGACCGGUCUUCAGGAGAGACCAGAGGUUGAUCCAGGAGGUUCAGAGCUAUGUGGAGAAGCUGGGAGAGCAGUGCUCAGCCAACACUGUGGUCCCCAGUGAUGACAGGGAUGAGCAGGCUCCUCGUGUGUUUGUGAUGGGGUUCCUCAGUGGUCUGGAGCCCUCCAGCCACCAGCACCAGACCCUGAUGGAGGAGCUGGUGCUGCGUCUGCUGAGGAAGGAUGAGGAGAUAUCCAAGUCCAAAACUCGUUACUAUAGCAACUCCCUUCAACACCGUGUGAAGAACCGAGUGUGGCAGACACUCUUGCUGCUGCUGCCUAAACUGAGAGAGGAGUUUGUGAACACCAUUGCAAGGCAGAUCUUCGAGGCUGGAUUCUGCAGCAACCAGGCGUCUGUCAAGUACCUGAUGGAGUGGAUGAUGGUUCUGCUGCUGGUCCGCUUCCCAGCACACAUAGACAAGCUGUGGGAUGUGUCCCCUACAGGACCAGAGAAGACCAAGACCAGCAUCUGUACCUACCUGUCAGUUCUGGUCCAUCUCAACAUCAUCAUGCCCACACUACCAGACAAGGCUGUUCAGUGGCGUAGGGCUCUAGAUGUUAUUCUCCAGUGGUGCUUCAGCCACAACUUCAGCGUGCGUCUGUACGCCCUGCUGGCUCUGAAGAGGGUGUGGGGGCUGGAGGGGGCCAGGGUGAGGCUGAGGCUGGGGCUGGGGGGUGACAGCCUGGGCGGGCUGGCCACCCUGGUCCAGUCCUGUCUAAACCAGGCAGAGGCCAUGCAGAGCACUGGGAAUGCUAAUAAGAACUGGAGCAGGAUCCAGGAGCACUUCUUCUUUGGUGCCUUCCACAUCAGAGAUCACAGUGUUGAGGUGAGACCAAUGCCUUCAUCAUCAGAGAUCACAGUGUUGAGGUGAGACCAAUGCCUUCCAUCCUAUCAGAGAUCACAGUGUUGAGGUGAGACCAGUGCCUUCCAUCCUAUCAGAGAUCACAGUGUU